GGAGGGAAAGUUUGCUUUGGUAUUUCCUGUAAGGGGCGGAGUUCACUCGCCAGCUAAAGAGCCUGAGCUCGUGCGACUGUAGGACACUGAGAAAGUGACGUCGUUGUUAAGAGUUGUUUUUGGUCUAACUCUCGAAUUCUGAAGCUACGUUUAAAGAGUUUCAAACUUUCCUGGAGGAAUACGUACUGUUCUGAGGCGUUUAAAAAAAUUGUAGGAUUUCAAUAUGCUGAAAGUGUCCCUCGUGUUCGUUUUAUUGGCGGCGGCUGCCUUCGCUGAGUCGGUAAGAGAGACAGAAACAUGGAUGCCUCCAAAGGCUGGGGAAUCACAUGAUGACCUUGACUCAUCUGGUGAUUUCAUUUUUCCCAAAGAGGACAGUACAUUAUUUGAUGAUGAGGAUGCUAAAGGCUAUGAUGAUGCGUCAGGCUCCGGUGAUGAGUCAUUUGUGGAUGGUUCAUUUGCAACCUCUGAGCAUGGGGAGUUUGAUAACCACAUCCCAGACAUCAGUUUCCCGGUUCAGCCUCAGCCAACAGAUAAUGAGAUCCAGCCUGUGAUGGGGAAUAAAGUUGCUCACCCUCCCAGUGUCCGGCUGUCUCAUGCAGGAGAACAGAACAUCUUUAACAAGACAGAAGUGCUGGCAGCUGUUAUUGCUGGUGGUGCUGUUGGACUGCUUUUUGCCGUGCUGCUUAUCCUCCUCCUUGUCUACCGCAUGAAGAAAAAGGAUGAAGGCAGUUACGAUUUGAGCAAGAAACCCAUUUACAAGAAAGCUCCCACCACCGAGAUCUACGCAUGAACACAAACAUUCUUGAGCUAACUCAGAUAUGAACUCUCAACUCGCACAGUGCCUCUGACACACAGCUAGGCUCCAUCGCUGUUUAGCCUGAGAAACCCCAAACCAGCAUCUCAAGUGAAACCAUGAUUAUUCUGACUAUAUAUUUGAAUUUAACUUUAUCAGGAGAGAAGGUGCUCUGUUGCAGUCUGCACUGUAUAAGUCCUGACAUUUUCCAUAAAGUAAAUAGUCAUUGUGUUCCUUUUCUUUACUUCAUGUUUUGUAACACUAAAAGGUAUAAAUGGGGGCCUUUUGCAGGCAAACAGUAUGGAUUGUAUAACACUUUGUAACCAUCAAAACUGACUAUUUGCACAAGUCUGUCUCAUUUUCAAAGUACAUUCUGUUGUGGGAAAUGUUACUGUAGCAUUUUUCUUUUAAAGAAACUGCUGAUUAAUUUUUGUCCAUGCUUGGUGCAAAGCAGUAUAAAAUGACUCAAGAAUUGAGAAUAUGCUGUUUGUCUUCUGAAAAUGACCAUGGGGCAUUAACAUAAUGCAGAUUUAUUUUUAACAGCAAAUAAGGUGUUUCUACAUUCCAUAUGUCUAUGGUGUAUUAAUUAUAAAUGAAAGUUUCAGACUAAAAUAAUUGGUACGUAGCCUGGUCAUUGAGAGUUUAGUUGCUCCUCUUCCGCUCAGUUACAGGUACACACUUUUCUGUAGAAGAAAGAGCUCUGCAAACAGUUUCCUCAUAUCCAGGAGUCUGUAAAUAGCUAUUUGAAGUUGAAAAUGUAUACCAAGGUACUUAUUUACCAAAUAUUUGAAUGCCAAAAUAAAUCUCCUUGUUUUGUCCUGGUAUAGAGUAUGCAAAUUAAACAUGGAGUAAGUGACUCACCAUUGUUUUUAUAUUUGCUGCUUUACCAGUGUGAAACAGGAGUCUCAAAUUGACGACCAAUGCUUAUGCUUAUACUUUUUUCUGUUUUCUCAGUGUUUUUAGAGGGAACUUUUUUUUCUGUCUCUUCAGUGUUUUGUUGAAUUAUUUUUUUAAUUAUAUUGUUAAUUUAACUUUUGAAUAGACUAUUUUAUUGCCUUCCUUCAGGUUGGGGUUUUUUCCCCAUCUAAGCUGUAUAUGUGAUUUUUAGAAAAGAGAAAUCUAUACACUAGUGAGAGUUUUGAAGAACUUUUUUUAUACAAGAGUUUUUAUUUCUUUUAGACUUUUUUUUUUUAAGUGAUUUAUCUAUUUAUAUUUUGUAGAAGGAUACUCAUUAGUUCCAAGGUGAAUGAAUGAGUGAGCCAUGUUUCAUGGGGUGGAAGUCAGAAAUUUUGCUGCUUAUAUACAUUAUUUUUUUUUCUCCUGUCUCCCAACACAUGUUAAUCAAGAGUUUUGUAAAGAAAUCAGUGGAUCUUUGGUUUCUGUAUACAGAUUCUACUCUGAUCAGAAAUAAAGCUAUUUUUGUGCACA